CAAAACAAACUAUACUAGCACAGAGUAAGAACAUCACGAAAAUGAUGGCACUUAAAUAUUCGGGUCGGCUAAGACUGGGACUGCGUUUAAAAUAAUACAAAUUGGCAAUUUGUCUUUCUUUAUUAAAUUGGCAGUGUGGCAAGUGGCGACGUAAAAUGGCUGUGGUGCGACCUUUAGUUACCGUUCUCUCUGAUCAGGGCGAGAAACUUAAACAGAUUCCAUUGCCUGCAGUUUUCAAAGCUCCCAUCCGACCCGAUGUAGUUAACUUUGUGCAUUCUAACAUGUCGAAAAACAGCCGCCAGGCUUUUUCAGUUCAUAAACAUGCUGGUGCUCAAACAUCUGCUACGUCGUGGGGUACAGGCCGUGCUGUAGCUCGUAUUCCUCGAGUGCGUGGUGGUGGUACACAUAGAUCUGGUCAAGGUGCAUUUGGAAACAUGUGUCGUGGUGGACGUAUGUUUGCCCCAACAAAAACAUGGCGAAGAUGGCACCGUCAUGUAAAUCAAAAUCAAAGAAGAUAUGCAGUAUGCUCUGCAUUAGCAGCAACUGCCCUCCCUGCACUUGUUAUGGCACGUGGCCACAAAAUCGAAAAUUUAACUGAAGUCCCUGUUGUUUGUAGUAACAACAUCGAAAAUUUAACAAAAACCAAAGCCGCAGUACAAUUUUUAAAAAAAAUUAAUGCAUAUGAAGACGUACAAAAAUGUCAAGACUCGAAAAAAAUACGGGCUGGAAAGGGAAAAAUGCGUAAUCGUCGUUAUACUAUGCGACGUGGACCUCUCGUUGUAUUUAAAGAGGAUCAUGGUAUUAAACAAGCGUUUAGAAAUUUGCCUGGUGUUGAUUUGAUUCAAGUUGACAGGCUUAAUUUGCUAAAGCUUUGCCCUGGUGGUCAUCUUGGUCGUUUCGUGAUUUGGUCAGAGUCUGCUUUUGAGAGACUAGAUUCUAUAUUUGGCACUUGGCGCAAACCAUCCAGUGAAAAAGUAAAUUACAGUCUUCCAAGAGCCAAGAUGACAAUGCCUGAUCUUGCUCGAAUUAUUAAUUCUGAUGAAAUUCAAUCAGUUGUGAGACCUGCUCUCCCUAAAGCUAGAAGAGCUGUUAUUAAAAAGAACCCUCUGAGAAAUGCUCAAGUGAUGGGUCGACUUAAUCCUCUAGCUUUAGUUACAAAACGAGCUGCUAUUAUAGCCCAUGAAAGGAGGGCAGCAGCCAAAGAUAAAGUUGUCAACAAUAAAAGAAAGGUUGCAGGUCCUAAAAAACCUGCAAAAAAAGGAACCAAAACUGCCAAAAAAUAAAUUAUUUAUUAA